AAAACCUCUUCAUCAAGUUAAAUCACAGUUUAUAAAUAGUGCUUAAUUUAAGUCUCUUAGGAAUGCGAAAAGUCGUUAGCAAUGAACGGCCUAAAGAAUUCAAGAAAUCUCGCUUCUGAACCUAAAGACACAUACAAAAUUGCAUAUAUACUCCAUUUUUUCCUUGGAGCAGGAAAUUUACUUCCAUGGAAUGCUCUAAUCACUGCAAUUGACUACUUUGGGUAUCUUUAUCCAAACAAGCAUGUAGAGAAAGUAUUCUCUGUAGCAUACAUGGCUUCUUCUUUGUGCAUCCUAGGUGUGUUGUUGAGUUGGGAUUGGUGCAGGAAAAGAUUGAGCUUUAGAUUGAGGAUGAAUUUGGGAUUUUCUAUGUUUGUUUUGUCUCUAAUGUUGACUCCAAUAAUGCACUGGAUUUGGCACGGAAAUGGACUUAAGAUGAAAUCCAGCAUGGGUUAUAAUCUGGUGGUUGCAACAGUUGUGAUUUGUGGUUUGGCAGAUGGUCUGAUUGCAGGAAGCCUGAUUGGAACUGCAGGAAAGCUGCCAAGACAAUAUAUGCAGGCGAUUUUCGCUGGAACUGCUUCGUCAGGUGUUCUUAUUUCUAUAUUGAGGAUCAUAACAAAGGCAUCACUUCCACAAACCCCACAAGGCCUCAAAACAAGUGCCAACUUAUAUUUCCUAGCAAGUACUAUAAUUUUGAUGGGUUGCAUAAUUUGUUGUAACUUAUUGUGCAAGUUACCCUUCAUGCAACGGCACUACAAUCUUGUUGAAGAAGACACCCAACAGCUACUCUCAAGCCCUAAAUUCUGGGAAAUUGCUCGAAGAAUACGAGGGCCAGCUUUCGGAAUUUUCAUGAUUUAUACUGUUACAUUGUCAAUUUUUCCAGGAUUUUUAGCAGAAAACAUUGAGUCCAAUCUUUUCAAAGAUUGGUACCCUGUUAUGUUGAUUGCAGUGUACAAUGUAUCAGAUUUUGUGGGCAAGUCAUUGACUGGAAUAUAUGUUUUGGAGAGUAUUGGAAAAGCUACUUGGGGUUGUAUCGGUAGGAUUUUGUUCUAUCCUAUGUUUAGUGUUUGUUUCCGGGGGCCGGAGUGGCUGAGGACGGAGGCUCCGGUGGUGGUUCUGACACUAAUGCUUGGCUUAAGCAAUGGAUAUUUAACAAGUGUUGUUAUGAUUCUUGCUCCUAAGGCGGUGCCGCAGCCGGAGGCGGAAAUAGCUGCCAUUGUCAUGGUUGUGUUCUUGGGUUUGGGACUUGUGGCUGGUUCACUCGUAGGAUGGUUUUGGAUUAUUUGAUUUGCAAUUUCAUUUUCGGAUUUAAGUUGUUUUUACUUAGGUGGUUGGACAUGUACUUUUAAUUCUUAGCUAUCUUUAUUUGAUUAAUUUUAGAUAAUUGUUCAAUGAGAUGUUUGAAUCCUUA